UAAUUAUUGUCCAGUUUGGGUUUUCAUUUUUAGUUCAAAUUGUACUAAAAGUGAAAUCUCAAACUGGACAAUAAUUUUGGGACGGGGGGAGUACCAUUCUUUAUCUUAAUUCAUUAUGUUUCUGGUUAUCAUUUUGCUUAGUUUUAUGCUUUUAUCACUUGGUUUGAUCAUUCAAUUUGGCAUUUAAUCACCAUUCUCUAUAAAAGUGGGAUUGUAUUAGCAGAUGUCUGAUAAUUUUUCAUUACGUCAAUUGCUCAGACAAUAAGGUCUUUGCUUAGAGCUGACAUCUGGGUGUGACUUGUAGCUUUUCAAAAUUCACCUUACAUCCCUGUGGCUUCCUUAGUUGUUUGACUUAAGUUAUCAUCAUUCCUCUCUUUCCUAAUGUAGCUAUUAACUCUAUUGUAAGCCUUUUCAAUUUGGCUUGGUAUUUUGAAAAGGCUGAUGAGUUUGUGGGGAAUACUUUCUUUUUUCUUUUUUUUUGAAUAAAGUUAUGGUUAUAAUUAUUAAUAAUAGUCAAUUUGCAGUGCAGUUUGGUAUAUCAAGAAACUUGUUAAGGGAUUAGACAUACAAUCUAGUGCUAUGUCAGAAACUUGUGAGGGAUCGGAUAGCCAGUCUGGAAACCAAAUGUUAGGGUCAGAUCACUUCAGUUUCUAUUCACGCGCAAUAGUAGCUUUGUUUUCUCAAAGUGAAGGUGCUCUUGCUUUUUGCUCCGAAAGGUUGGACUGUGUUGGGAAAGAAUCUGGGGUUUCAAAGAAUAAUGAUUUAAACAACACUAGUUUGAGUGGCUAUCAUUUGAGACAUGAUUAUAAGACUGGUGGCCCAGUUUCCUUGUUUUCUGAUGCUAUUGGACCUCAGCUCUCGGACUUUGCAAAAGAAAGAAUAACGGCGCUCGUUCGCCACAGCCUUUUUAAUUUUUCAAAAGAAAUUGAUUCUAUUGUAGAAGCUGUUCUUGGUAUUAGUCGACUCCAAUCGAUUCUUAGAUACAAAGAAAGCUUGCUGAAGCACCAUGAAGCUCCAAGAGAUGCUGACACAGAGCAUGAUCCUCGGAAGAGGCAAAAAGUAUUGCCUUCUGUUGAGAUGGAUAAGGACUUGCGACUCAUUUUGGACGCUGAAAGUUCAAAGGUUGAGCAAUUGGUGAAGAAACACUCAGCCGAACUUUUGACUAAGAUUGAACACAUGAAGCAGAAACUUGAAGACUUUGUGGAUCUUCUGCUCUCUAAUUUCAGGCCGAUGACCCUUACUGAAAGGCAGAAGCUUCAAAAGCUGAUCAAGAAUUUGCCCCCGCAGAACCUGGAUCGUGUAGUGGAAAUAAUCAAACGUGGUAAACCAUGCUCUGAGGAGAUACAUGUCGAUUUAGAAGAGCAGAGCAAUGUUACUCUAUGGCGAUUGUAUAUCUUUGUUGGGGCCGUCGAAAGUGCUAGAAAGCUCUGCGAGGUUCGGUGAUGCUGAUGGAGGAACACAUUCCAGAUGUAUUCAAGUUUCUUCCGACUUGUGCUGUCUGUGAUUUGAUCUUAUUUACAUUUGCUUUGACCAAACUUUUUUCACUGGUUGCUGCCUUCUUGGGGAAUUUUUCUAGUAUAGAACGGCUUAAGAGUCGAUACACAGUUGUUAUGAAGGUGCUUGUACAUUGUUCACUAGUUAUACUUGGAGAUCACUGUGUUGUUGAGCUUUUCUACUUUUCGCAGCCUAUUCUUGCGUAUUUUGAGAUUCAUAGUUUGCAUAGGCUGCUCUAUAUGACAUCGCAGUAAAGAAGCACUUGGCUUCUUCUAUAUGGGAAUGAAUAUCAUGGAUUUACUGAUUUUUGGAAUUUUGUGUCUUUAAGUGUCUUCUUCCCAGACUCAUUGAUUCAUUUGCCUGAUUAGGGAUGUUUAUUAACACUUUUCAGGAGUGAAGUCUUAAGGCAUCUGCUGGCAUAGGUAAUACUACUAUUUAUUUUUUUUUCCCCAGCCAUUAUGGUCUUUACUUUCUGCCGUCUGGAAUAUUGCGCUUUUUGCGAAGGCUUACCUUCCAAUAGGGAUUGAGUUUAGACUUCGGUUGCGAUAUGGAAAAAAAAUAAAAUAAACAAUUCUUAAUGAGUAGUUGCAGAAAUUUCUCAGGUAACCGGAAGUUCAUUCAGAAACUGGUUUGAAGUGUCUGUAACCUAAAACUGGGAGAAAUUUCUCAGGUAAUUGGCGGGCUCAUUCAUAUACUGGCUUGAAAUUCCUGUAAGCUAAAACUGCAUAGAAGGGAUCUGACGGUGAAAAGGAUCCCACCAAGUUCAAGAUCCAACUGAAAGGCGAUUUCGAUUCCUUCCCCUUCCCUGUUAAAGUCUCAUCAGCUGCCUGUAACUUGCGGAUAACUUCAGGCUCUGUGAAUCCUUCCACGCACUGGAAAUAUUGCUUAACGAGUUGAACUCGACUGUAGUCAGUCCCAUCUCUCCAGGCAGUAAUAGCCUUCUCAUAGAAUAGCCUGUUGCUGAAGCUAACAAUGAAAACACCUCCUGGGCGGAGAACCCUAAACACCUCUGCAAAGAUCUUCUCUGGCUGCUGCAGAUACUGGACGCUGACUGUGCAUAUCACAGCAUCGAAACUGCAAUCCUCGAAUUGAAACUCCUGGUCCUGAUUAAGGUCCUUGACGAAGAAAUGAUCCAGCUUGGGGUUCCUGGCAAGCUCUUGAGCAUUGAGCCCGUGGCCGACUACCUUCUUGUACUUGACUUCUGGGGGUAAAUGGCUAACCCAUGAACUCAUGAGAUCAAGAAUCUCCAUUUCGGGCCUCAACUUUUCCCUGUAAAGAUUGGUCAAGGUGGAGAUGAAAUAAUUAUCCACAUGAGUUACGAAACGUGGGUAGGCAUAGAAAUCGCGGUCGGGUUUGGGGUUGAGUUUGGUUCUGCCUUCGGGAGUUAGUACCAGACGUCUGAUUCUGCCGGGUGAAGAAGACUGCUGAUCGUUAGAAGAAGCGUGGCAACAUAUCGGAAUUAUGGUUGUCUUUGCAGUCCAAUCUGGGGUGAAUUCCGCGUGGUUUGGAAGAGGUGAUGGAUUCCAUGAUCUGGCGGGGUUGCGGCAGAUUCCUGGGAUCAUUGAUGACGCGAAACUCUUGGGGUUAGAAAUUGAGGAUGAUGGAAAGACGAAAGCCACAGUCCACACGAAGAAGAAGUACAUCAUCAAGUUGGAUGGAUAUAGCAGCUGGUCACUACGUGGUACAACAAAUUUGUGGAUGACAAGAUUACGCGAUCAUUUUACCUUCUCUUUUCCUUUUUCUUUUUGUUCCUGUUUUGUUUUUUACAUAAUUUUUGAAAAGUAAUCGCUAAAUAAUGAAUAUUUUCUUUUGUAGUUUACGAUAUUUUUGUUUACAUUUAAUUUAUUUUACUUGUUCAACAUUUACUUCCUUCCAACUGUGAAUAUAGCUGAAUCGCAA